GAUGACUACACACCGAGAUUAACAAGUCCAAUACAGGGAGAAGGCGCAGUAAGGAAGAGCAGAGAAUGGGAGACGUAAAGGGAGUCGGGGGUGGUGGUGAUAGGUGACAUCUGAAGACUCUAAAGACACCCCAGCUUGGGUUUUCAGUCGUCUUCCUCACACCAGGAGAGCGAACAGGGACUGCGCUUUAUCUCUGAGUUGGGAAUCAAUCUCGUCUGUGGCUGGAUGGACAAAACAAAAGAAUUAAGAAGGAAGUUCUUCUUCUUUUUCGUUGCUACCUCCGUCGUCCUCCUCUUCAUCACUGUGAGAGCACCUAAGAUAUACGGGUCGACCCCAAAGCCACUUGGGCCUCCAAAGAUUUGCCCCUUCCACAUCUCUAAGGAGACCAUCACCCCUCUCAACAAUACUAAGCACUUACUAAUAUCAGCCUUCAUGGACCAGAGAGUGAAUGGCUUUGAUAUACGCAUCAUUGGGUUAUUAAGGAAAGACUCCAUCCAACCUCUUUACUGUCUUUUCUGCUGUGUGAGCCACUUUUCAACUCCAACUCCAACUCAGAUUUUACAACACCCGGAAAGCUUUGGUUUUCCCUUCGUCACUACAGAUUUCAUGUGUCACGUUCCUCAAAACUGCAAUCCCACACAUGUUACUCUUUUGACUCAGCAAGACAAAAAUAGUGUAUUUAACCCAACUUGGCUUCCUAUAAGAAACAAAAAGACUGAGGGGAACAGGGAGAAAAAGUUGAACUUCACAGUCUGCAUCUCCAACCUGUUUGGAGACUACAACAAUGUGCUUCAGUUUGCACAGACGCUGGAGAUGUACAGGCUGAUAGGUGUGGACAGAGUGGUGAUCUAUAACACCAGCUGCGGCCCAGACCUCAACCGCCUGUUGCAGAUCUAUAGUCAGGAGGGCUUUGUGGAGAUGGUUCCUUGGCCCAUUCACAAACAUCUGAAUCCAUCUCGAGGCUGGCUCUUCUCAGAGAGUGGUGGGGACGUGCACUACUUUGGACAGAUGACCACUCUCAAUGAGUGCAUUUACAGAUCCAUGGACCGGUCCCGCUACGUCCUGUUGAACGACAUAGAUGAGAUUAUAAUGCCAUACCAACACAACAACCUGAUGUCUCUGAUGAACAUGCUCCAACAGCAGCAUCCAGAUACGGGGGUGUUCUUAAUUGAGAACCAUAUUUUCCCCAAGAUACAUUUUGAGCCAAGUGGGAAGUUUCACCUGCCUCAGUGGAACGGAGUGCCAGGGGUUAAUAUUCUGGAGCACAUCUACAGGGAAGACCCUGACCGAAGUCGAUACCACCCGCACAAGAUGAUCAUUCAACCGAGGAUGGUGGAGCAGACUUCAGUGCACGAAGUGCUCAAGAAUUUUGGACAACGAUACAAGGUUCCUUUGGAGGUUUGUCGGAUCAUUCAUGUCCGUGUGCCUCUGCGCGGGGGAUUAAAGGUGGAGCAGCUCAAUGUGGACAAACGACUGUGGGACUUCAGCGAUAAACUGAUUCCCAAUGUGGACAAACAACUGAAGAGAGCAGGGCUGCUAAAAACAGAGGGCCAGAGCUGAUGGAUGGACAGAUGGACUAACAUAAUGAACAUGUUAAAUCCGAUGAUGAAUGUACACCCUUAUUUCAAAUGAAUUUCAUUUUAUAUCUGGGCAGGGGAUGUGAAUAUCAUUGCCAUUGUUUUAUGCUGUAUGUUUUCUGAAAUGCUGUCUUAUUUUGCACUUAAUGGCCAUUUGAAUGACUCGAAUGCUGCUCAGUUGUCAAAAUUUAAAGAAUUUCAAGCACUGUAGAUAUACUAUGUGGUAUAACGGUUUAACGGCAGAACAACAAUGCCCUGCUAGGACAAGUUCACACGUGCUGACUAUCACCUGCUGACAAUUAACCACACACACUUCUUUGCUAUUGGUUGAGGCUGUGAGGCCUUGCGAUGCCUACGACUUUGCCAAAGUUCACUAGAAUUGAACUUCAAGCAAAGCAAGGAUGUAAAUUCACACUUGUGACCAACCGUGCCUAUGUCGCUGAGUCACGGCCACUUUUCAAAUUUGAGUCCCUAAUGGAAUAGAAGAGUUUUGGUUCGUUUUUCACCGGGAGAGUUUCAUGCAGUGUUUCAUGUCAUGUAACACGGUCAAUAAGACAAAUUAAUGAGACUUUUCCAUGUGGAACAAGAGGGCGCUCUGGCAGCAGUACACUUAUGAUCCCACUUUGCAAAUCCAUUCUGUUUGAUUCUUACAUACAUCUUAAAGACUUUCACUGUGACUAAAACUCACUAGAUGUCAUUGCAUCUGAGAUUCAAGUUGAUUUCUACAGGACACCGCAAAGUUGGGGUUAGACUGAACCACGGGUGCCGUUUAAACUACAGCUAAGGACACAGCAGUUAAUGGAAUGAGAGAGCAACAUCAGCCCCACCAAGUGAACACAUUUAAUUUUAUUUUUGUAUUCACUCUCCUUUUUUCUCUUCUAUUGGUCUCCACCAACUCCUGUAGGAAAUAUCUGGCUCCUUAGCUCUGGUCACAAGCUAGUCAUUAACCUUGUCUGUCUGCCAUUUGCUGAGUGCUGAGUGUAACAGCUGCCUGCUGCUGCCAGAAGCAAGGGUUAAUGAGAGACUGAACCAAGUCUGAAAGUUGGGGGCUGUGAAACAAAAACAGUGAGCUCAGGGGAAUUCUGUGUAAUAUAUAUAUUUAAAAUAUUUGUCCUGGCAAAUAUGCUGUACCUAAUGGAAAUACAAGAGUAUUAAUAGCUCAUUGUUUGUGUAAGCACCUGGUUAAAUGACCCUGUUGUCUUGGGAGUGGAGGAGGAUUCAAAUGUUUAUAAUUCCCUCAGGAUAUAUGUGUUAAUUUAUUUACCUUUCAUUUUUAACUGGCUCAUUGUGAAAUAAAAAGCUCAUGUUUCCGA